UUUCUUGCAACGCAGGAAAUGUCAGCUGGCGGCUGCCGUAAUAUUUCUGAAUAAAAUCUGUGAUAAAAGAUUCAUUCGUAGUUUUCAGUGAUAAGUUCUUAAAAACUGGAAUCUGGCAAAUAUCGUGGUCCAAUUUAAUGUUGAAGUGAAAAUAUGAUAUUAUUGUAUAGGAGGUGGCAUGCGAUUUCACUUGCAUUUUUAUGGUUUGUGACAAGAUAAAAUGGUUAUUAGUCUGACUAAAGCCUCCUAAUUAUUAUUAGUUUUCUUACGUUAUAAUUUAUGUGCUCGAAAGUGUUUUAAAAUAUCCAUAAAGUUGAUUUUGAUACGUAAGUUAUUUCACACCUGUCAUUUUGAAGACCGAUAUUUAUCCUGUCUUCGUAAUCACCAAGGAAUACUUGUCCUAAUAUAAGUUACGUCUUCGAAGAAUUCAAGAUGAACGGCUCCGAAUCUGGGUUUAACCCAGCUUUCAAUAUUGCCACCAUAAAACAAGUGGUAAAUGAGGCCAUAGAGAGAGUCGCGCCGGUUUCAGUGCGGAUGCAGACUCCAACACGGUUACGAGAUCUGAUCCGACAAAUACGUGCAGCUAGAACAGCUGCUGAAGAAAGAAGUGUCGUUAACAAGGAAUGCGCGUACAUUAGAUCCACUUUCAGAGAAGAAGAUAGUGUUUGGAGAUGUCGAAACAUCGCGAAACUCCUGUACAUUCAUAUGCUGGGCUAUCCAGCACACUUCGGUCAACUGGAAUGCCUGAAGCUAAUAGCGAGCCCCCGCUUCACGGACAAGCGCGUGGGCUAUUUGGGCGCCAUGCUGCUGCUGGAUGAACGGCAAGAUGUACAUUUGCUGAUCACCAAUUGUCUGAAAAAUGACCUUAAUAGCAACACACAGUUCGUCGUCGGCUUAGCGCUAUGCACGUUAGGCGCCAUCGCUUCACCAGAGAUGGCAAGGGACCUCGCCUCCGAAGUGGAAAGAUUGAUCAAAUCACCAAACGCCUACAUAAAGAAAAAGGCAGCGUUAUGCGCAUUCAGAAUCAUCAGACGUGUUCCAGAUCUGAUGGAAAUGUUCCUACCGGCAACUAGGAGUUUAUUGACGGAGAAGAAUCAUGGUGUCCUUAUUACCGGCGUGACGCUCAUCACCGAGAUGUGUGAGAACAGUCCGGAUACACUGAACCAUUUCAAGAAGAACAGGAAGGCAGACGGGCAAAUGGGGGGCCACAUGAUGAUUGUGCCGAACUUGGUGAGAAUAUUGAAGAACUUAAUUUUGGCCGGUUAUUCGCCGGAACAUGACGUCAGUGGAGUGUCGGAUCCAUUCCUUCAGGUAAAAAUUCUACGUCUCCUUCGAAUACUCGGCAAGAACGAUGCCGAAGCGUCGGAAGCCAUGAACGACAUCCUCGCGCAGGUCGCGACCAACACCGAGACCAGCAAGAACGUCGGCAACACAAUAUUAUACGAAACUGUGCUUUCUAUUAUGGACAUUAAGUCCGAGAGUAGCUUGCGCGUCCUCGCCAUCAACAUACUCGGGAGAUUCCUUCUGAACAACGACAAGAACAUUCGAUACGUGGCCUUGAACACGCUGCUCAGGACCGUUCAUGUCGAUACGUCGGCUGUUCAGAGACAUCGGACUACCAUAUUGGAAUGUUUAAAGGAUCCAGAUGUAUCGAUCCGCCGUCGAGCUAUGGAGUUGUCCUUCGCGCUCAUCAACAGUCAAAACAUACGCGCUAUGAUGAAGGAGCUGCUACUGUUCCUCGAACGUUCCGACCCGGAGUUCAAAGCUCACUGCUCCAGCGCGAUGGUGUUGGCGGCCGAGAGAUACGCGCCCUCCAGCAAGUGGCAUCUCGACACGCUGUUCCAGGUGCUGCUGAAGGCCGGCAACUACCUGCGCGACGACACGGUGUCCAGCACGCUGCAGAUCGUGUCGGCGGCGCCGGGCGAGCGCCAGGCCUACGCCGCCAUGCGCCUGUGGAGCUCGCUCGAGCGCUCCGCCGUCUGCGCCGACGCCACCGAGAAGCAGCCGCUCGUGCAGGUAGCUGCAUGGACCAUCGGCGAAUACGGAGACAUGUUGGUAUCAGAGGCCAGUAAUGCCAUAUCAAUGGUCGACGAUGAUGGCGUAGAUGAUUUCACCCGUCCAUCGGAAGAGUAUGUUAUAGACAUAUACCAAAAGUUGCUCUGGUCUACGCAGCUCUCGAUCACGACCAAGGAAUAUUUGCUGCUGUCGCUGGCUAAGUUAUCCACGAGGCUCACGACGAAACCAAGCCAAGAUAAAAUCCGUGUCAUAAUCGACACUUUCGGGUCCCACAUCCACAUCGAGCUGCAGCAGAGAGGAGUCGAGCUGUCGCAACUGUACAAGCAGUACGCGCACCUGCGGCCCGCGCUGCUGGAGCGCAUGCCGCCCAUGGAGGCCGGCGCGCCCGAGCACGACGCCGAGCCCGAGCACGACAAGCCGCCGCCCGAGCAGGAUGCGCUACUGGAUUUGAUAAUCGGUUCAGAACCUUUAUCGAACGGUGAUAUGGAACAUGCCCCUGCCCCUCCUACUAAUAAUAACUCUACGACUAAUGACAUCCUAGACCUGUUGAGCGGGCUGGACCUCAGCACGCCUAGCGUGCCCACCCCCACCACGGCGGUCAGCGUCACCAACAACAACAUGGCCACACCGUCGCUACUGCUCGACGGCCUGUUCGCGCCCGCACAGCCUCCCGUGCAACCGCAAGAGACAGUGGUGCGCGCGUUGGAGCGCAACGGCGUGCUGGUGGAGCUGGUGGCGCAGCGCGGCGGCGACACGGCCGCGCUCACCAUGCGCGCGCGCUCCAGCGCCGCCACCACCAUCACCGACUUCCUGUUCCAGGCCGCCGUGCCGCGGACUUUCCGUCUGGACAUGAUGUCUCCGUCGGGGACAGUGCUAACGCCACAGGGGGAGAUAACGCAGCUACUCAAAAUAACCAAUCCCUCAAAGACACCCCUCAGACUACGGAUAAGAGUAUCGUACAACAUAGAUGGCAAUCCCAUACUGGAGCAGGCGGAAGUGAACAACUUCCCCCCGGACCUGUUCAACUGACGCGGGCACCCGCCCCACCACGGCCCCGACGAGCUGCGGACACUGUGCUUGUACAGACCUUUGGUGGACACGUUAAAUUAAUUAACCAUGAUUUAUAUUUUAUCCCACUGUUGGGUAAAACGUUUUAGAACGAUGCAAAUUAGAAGCAUUUCCACUAAGUCGUGGUCAUAUAUGAAUAAGUCGACGUAGAAAAACUACUUAUACCUUAACAACUCUGGACAUAUAAUAAUUAUGAACUUGUUGUGACAUGAAAUUAUACUUAAAUGUCAAAUGAAAAAAGUAGACUGUACUAUAUAUCGGUUAUUAAGGGAAGAUAAUAAUUAAAAUCUUUUGCUGAAGUUGCGAGAGUAAAUUUGUGUCGUGCCUUGUUAUUCAACCUAUACACAAAUUCAGUUAUGUUAAAGACUGUUCACUACUUUUUUCGCAUGACAUUUAUAAGUUAUGAUUAUACUGUCUUUGCACAAAUAAUAUCGUCCCCAUCUAGUUAAAAUAGAUAAGCUGAAUCUAGAUGAAUGGCCUUCAUGACCUAGUGGGAAUCUGAUCGUAUCAACAAUACAAAUGGAUUCUACUACUUCUUAUAGUGGAUAAUACAAUUAUUCAAUAGUAAAUGCAAUGAAAAGCGUACUUGUAAAGAUUUUUUAAAAAUAUAACUUCUGUAAUAAAGCUUAUUGACGAAUAGAUUAUAUUCUUUAAAUUGUACAUGUAUAUUUAAUUGGUAUUUUCAGACAUAGCUUAGUUUUAAGAACUAAAGUUUUAUAAUAGUAUAAAAACAUAUUUAUUAUAUAUAAAUAAAUAAACGAAUACAAUUUUCAUAAACCAAUAAAUAGGUUCUUAUGAUAUUCAGCUUUUAUUUUAACAUCAGAAAUUCUGAUUCGGAUUCCUAGUUAAUAGUAAAUUGACACUAACGUGACUAGAAUAAGAGGGGUGGAAUACCUUACAUAUGGUAAAAUUCUUAUAACCUGAUAGUGGGAUAAAAUAUUACAACUAAAAUAUUCAUUUUCCGAUGGCAAUAAAACGUAAUUUUGUAUAUUAAUGUAAUAAAUAAAAACGGGAUCCUAAGGUUGGUCGAAUAUGGUAGAAAAAGUGUCAAUAUAAAUAAAAAUCAGGCGCAAAAUGGUUGUAAAAAAAUCUUGAAUUCUAAUGGCAGCUUUGUUUAUUUUUGCGGAACUAGUAAGCUGUCAAUACUAUGAACAUAAGUACUGAGUUUCUAAUAGUCUGUGAAAACGUAGAUUAGCUGUCACGGUAUAGAUUCGUUUAACAUUCCACUUUUAGAUAGAUUUUGAAAGAAUUAUUUAAGUCUUAAUAGAGUUACGAGGGCCAAGCUGCUUGGCAGUUUGAAACAAUCACUAAAUAUUUUUUUAUAAAUAUGAUUCUAAAAAUAAUAAUUUCCAAGCCCUGGCCUGCGAGGUUCGAACUUGCAAAAUUAUAUUUUUUUAGCGUUAUUCAUCAUUGAAUUAAAACAUUAAGCUGCCAACCCACAGCCGCUCGCGCACUCCUUUUGCACGUGUAUUUUUACAUUUAGUUCGUUGAUUUGCGUGUAUAGUGUGUCCGUACAAAGUCCGCGUCACUGUGGAUUGGCGGCAUUACUGUUUCAGUAUUACUUUAAUCUCAGUCUUUUAUUACAUGUUUAUAUGAAACGUUUAUUUGUUAAAUGAUUUGGGCAAUGCGUGAUCAUCCUUCCUGUCUCAUGCUGUACAUAAAACUCUGUUAAUGUAACAUAAAUGAUGUAUAGUGAGAUGUACAAGAGAAUGGUUCGCGUGGAAAUGUACUUAAUAAAUUAUUAAUAUAAACUAUCAUUAUUAUGUAAUGUGUGAUACAUUAGAAUAUUCUAAAUUCUAUGGAGUUGUGUAAAAAACAUAGUCAUUGAUCUUGUAUAUGUAAUGGGGACGCCUGCCAGAGUCAAACGGGUGAUCGGACCGGAUUGAAGGACUGUUUGAAAGAAAAUUGUCAUUCAUUCUUAUUUAUUAAGUGAUUAUUAAUAAACUAGUUUUUUUUUUAAGUCAUAUUGAACCAUGUUCUUGCAUUUUAGAGAAAAAAGGAUAUUUUGAGAUUUAUUUUUCAUUGUGUUUUAAUUGUUAGAGCUUUAAUGUUCAUUGAUUUUUAUUAUGUAUAGAAUCGUUCCUUUUAAUCUAUUGAGAUUUUUUUUCAGUGACAUGUAUAUAAGUGAUGGUGUCUUCUGGAUGAGACAAUUGCCUGUAAUGGUUUUCAUUACGAAUUGCUUUAUUUGGGACAUUUACGUUUAGAUUUAGUGUUUUAAUUAUUUACAUUUAUGUUAUUAAACAGCACAUUUUAUUUAAAAAAUAUCGUUUAUUUUAAAUAACAGUCUAAUAAAGUUUAUCUAAUAAUUAAUUGACUCUUCGCAACGUUUACAUUUGCUUGUUAUAUUCUAAAUAAAACGAAUCGUUUUUAAUACAGUUCAGUAUUUCUGAAUACACAAUUACGCUAUAAUAUUCUAUACAUUAUAUGCAAAGCCAGUUUUUUUUAACAAUUAUAUGUUUAAAUGUUUGAGAAAAGACGAAGAAUUCAAACAUGAAAAAUUAAAUCAAGUCAAUUUUAUUCAAGUAAACUUCACAAUGAAGCGUUUUUGAAUAUUUUGAAUUUAUAACUGUUGAUACCGAAUCGCAGCAGUGUCUUUUGACCGCGCAAGUGUUUUAAAUACAAAAUUCAACAAACAAAUGUAAACCUAGCUUCCAUCAACAAAUACAUCAUGGUUUUCAUAAAAUAAAGAGAGCUUGGCAAACUAUAUCGCAUAUUGGUGCUUGUUUUACCUUAGUAUCUGGUUGAUUAGAAGGCCCUCCACGUGUGAGAUGUUAUGAUUUUAUUUGAUGUAUAACUAAAGCUAUGAAAGAUGUACAUAAAGAUAAUGAUUUUAUGUAAAUUGGUUA